AUGAGUUCACCCGAGAAGUUCCAUGGCUGGCUCGGUCACGACGCCACUUCAGCGCAGGGAAACCUCCGCUGGGAGCCCUUUACACCAAAGCCCUUUGCUGAAACCGACAUCGACAUCAAAGUGUCGCACUGCGGCAUCUGCGGAACAGACAUCCACACGCUGCGCUCCGGAUGGGGCCCAACACACUACCCCGCAUGCGUCGGCCAUGAGAUCGUCGGAACUGUCGUCCGAGUUGGAUCCUCCGCCUCCUCUAGGCACAGAAUCGGCGACCGCGUCGGUGUCGGCGCGCAAGCGCUGAGCUGUCAAAGGGGCGACUGCGAUGAGUGCAGCAAUGGAAUGGAAUCCUACUGCGGGAAGGGAUUCGUAGGGACGUACAAUGGCCAGUACAAAGAUAGCGGGUACUGGAGCAUGGGCGGAUACGCAGACUACGUGCGCGUUCCUGCCGCCUUUGCCAUCAAGAUUCCGGAUCAGGUCAAGAGCGAGGACGCAGCGCCCAUGAUGUGCGGCGGCAUCACCGUGUACGCGCCGCUCAUACACAAUGGUGCCGGACCGGGAAAGACGGUGGGAAUUGUGGGGCUAGGAGGACUAGGACAUUUCGGCGUCUUGUUUGCGAAGGCGUUGGGGUGCGAUAAGGUGGUUGCUAUUAGUCGGAGGAGGAAUAAGGAGGACGAUACCAAGGCAAUGGGUGCUACGGAUUACAUCGCCACGAGUGAGGACGAGAAGUGGGAUAAGAAACACUCCCGGACGCUCGAUCUCAUCAUCUCGACGGUUUCGGCGCCUGAUAUGCCGCUUUCUGGGUAUCUCCGUUUGCUGAAGACCAAGGGUCAGUUCAUCCAGGUUGGUGCGCCUGAGGAUGUUUUGCCUGCUAUAUCGGCCUUUGCGUUGAUUGCCAAGGGUUGCAAGAUCGGUGGCAGCCAGGUUGGGAGUCCCAAAGAGAUCGAGGAUAUGUUGAAGUUUGCGGCUGAGAAGGGUGUAAAGCCGUGGGUGCAGAAGAUUCCUAUGAAGCAGGCGAACAAGGCCAUUGUGGAGAUGGAGGAGGGCAAGGCGAGGUAUAGAUUCGUCCUUGAGAACGACGAGGCACAUGCAAGACUUUAG